UUUGGGCUCAGUUCGGUUUCACACUCGGACGCGAGCAGAAGUGUCCGCGAAUCAGUCUAAAAACACCAAAGCCCAAAGAACACCAUCUGAAACACACAAACGAAAAACUGUUCGUCAAGUGCUUCAUAUAUAAAUAUAUACAUUUUUUUUGCGAGUGUUGUGUUGCAAGUGCCGGAAAAAAAGAAUCUCGACCACCAAUUUGGAUUAACACACGGAUUUGGAACGCGCAGACGCAAAGCAAACAACGGGGAUCCUGCGAGGAUCCUGGCCGACUCUAUUUUUCAACUAUAAUGCGGUUUGGUUGGCAGUGCGCUGCGACCAGAGCUAAAGGCAGCACCACGGCACCAGGCAAAGGAAACGGAAACGCCAGCGGAAGUGGAAGUGUCUACCAUGCGAUGGCGAUGGCUCGUCCGCUGCUCCUGCUCCUGCUCGCCCUCCUGCUCGCCGCCCAGCUGCCCCAUUUGGCGCAGGGGCGCAGCACCCCCACCAUCCCCUCCACCAGCAGCGGUGGUCUCACCGUGAUCGAUACCGACCGCCUGCGCGUUCGCACCACCUCGAGCACCGCCAUCUCCUCCAAUCAGCCGGCCUCGAUCCCGGCCAGCUCCGGUCCGCGCAAGCGCCACCGGAAGCGGAACAGCAAUUGGAUCGACUAUCGCAAUUUCGACGAGAACACCACGGCCCUCGAGUGGGCCAAUCCCUGCGGGGGCAACUACCAUCCCUCGGCGGGGGAUCGAUUCAAUCGCCAGCGGCCCAGGCAGAGCUUCAAGCAGUUGAAGCGACACGCCUUCAGGGAGUACCGCAGCUUAAACAGCAGCCAGGAUUCGGCCAUCGACAUCCGCAACAUGACCAUGUGGUCGCUCCACACGCACAACUACAAGUUCCUUCCCAAGCUCAAGCCCAAUUCCACGAUUGCCCUGAAGCGCUGGUACCGCAACAUGCAAACGUAUGUGGCCAGCUUCGCGUAUCUGAGGCGCCAGCAGAUCCGCUGGGACCAGCGGUCCAUCACCCGCGAAUCGAGCACCGCCCGCGAGCUGCGCGAGCUGCUUUUGAGCUCGCGGCGAAUCCUCUGCGAACUGGAGACGGCCGUCAACCAGACGCAGAGUCCGCGCCAGAAGCAGCGGCGCAGUGGGGGGGCGGCGGCGGCGGCGGCGUCGGUGGUGGUGGUGGCCACCACUCCCGUCGCGGUGGCCCAGCUGCCGCAGAUCUCGCGGCUCGAGAUGAACAAGCGUUUGAAGCUGCGCUCCAAGACGGGCGUCUCCGAUUUGGGUGGCUCCAGUGGUGGUGCAUCAUCCCCGGCGGCGGCGGUUGCGGCGGCUGGCGAGGCGGACUCCAUCGACAUGCGGUUCGUGAAGCACCACUACUACGACUUCCUGCGCACCAUGUACCAGCUGCUGAGGCGCGACGGCAAGCGGGUGAAGAGUCGUCCGCGGAAGCACCACCGGAAGCCCAAGAAGAGCCAGAAGAAGAAGCAGCAGCAGCAGCUGGAGCUGGCGGAGCAACUGGAGCAGCGCUGGCGGAGUGCGACGUCGAACGGCAAGGAGUUCAACGAGGUGUCCAAGCCAGUCGCAGGUGGUGCUGUGGCCAACGGCGGUGGUGGAGGAGGCCUCCAAUCGACAUCUGGCAGACGUGGCAAGCGCCAGUCGAAACGCGUGCGGCGCACGUGAAAUUGCGGCUUCCCCUCAGGAUACACACCCUCACCCCCUCCCCUGUCAUCUUAAGCCCUGUCCCCCCCCCACUCCCCCUUAAUUUAACC